AUGGGAUGUGGCACCUCUGUCGCCACAGAAAAGCAAGGGGAAACGCUGGAGCAGGAUGAACCAGUUAAGACUCCCAGCCCGGCUCUGACUAUGAAGGCAGCUGUUUUGAUCCAGCGAUGGUACCGGCGCUACAUGGCCCGUCUUGAGAUGAGACGCAGGUACACCUGGAACAUUUUUCAGUCUAUUGAAUACGCCGGGGAACAAGACCAGCUACAGCUCUCUAGUUUCUUCACUUUCAUGCUGGACAACUUCACUCAGCUGAAUGGGAAUGGGCCAGACUUGAUCUCCCAGCUGCUGGAUCCAGUGGUCGACCCAUGGUUAGACAGAGAAACCUGCUACAACUUGAUCCAUGUUCCAGAGUCCUACACCGGACCUAGACUAUCGUUUCCUCUCUCCGUCGCCGAUACAAAUGCGCUUCUGAGUGCGUUUAAGGAUCAGCAGACUCUCCAUGCCAGAUAUGUUCUCCAGCUGCUGUAUGAGACCAAAAAGCUCCUCAAACAGAUGCCAAACAUAGUCCACUUGUCGACAUCCUACUACAAAGAGAUCACUAUAUGUGGUGAUCUGCAUGGGCGACUCGAUGACUUACUACUUAUAUUUUAUAAGAAUGGCCUUCCCUCUGCAGAAACACUGUACGUGUUUAAUGGGGACUUUGUGGACCGUGGAAAGAAGUCAGUUGAAGUGGUUAUCCUGCUGUUUGCCUUCCUUUUGCUUUACCCAGACUACAUGCACCUGAACCGAGGAAACCAUGAAGACCACAUAAUGAACCUCAGAUACGGGUUCACAAAGGAAGUCAUGCAGAAGUACAAGACUCAUGGCCGUGAGAUCCUUCAGCUGUUUCAGGACGUUUUUAGCCUCCUGCCCAUCGCAACAGUUAUAGACGGAAAGAUUCUGAUCGUUCACGGAGGAAUUUCAGACCAGACUGAUCUGGACUUCCUGAGCUCCAUAGAGAGACACAAGGUGAAAUCUGCCCUGAGAUUUCCCAGGUGCAGUUUGGAGCACCUGGACAUCAGUCAGUCCUGCAGACAGACCAAAAGAACGAGAUCCACAGACAGCUCUCGUCCCAGCAGCAGUCGCAGUCAAAACAAGAACCAAAGGACACCCAACACGAGGAAGAAGCGAUGCAGGCUCAGCCGACAAGACAGCGCCGCCUCCACCUCUUCCUCCUCCUCGUCUUCCUCGUCUUCCUCUUCACUCUGCUCUCCUCGAACCCCAUCCUGCCUCUCCCCGCAUGCUUUUCCAUCUUCUCCUUGCAUGCCUUACUCUGUUAACGUCCUCCAAGUGCCUUUCCUGGACUCUCUGUCCUCCGUUCCCCUCCCGUCACCUUCGCAGCAUGAGCAGGAAUGGAAGCAGAUAGUGGAUAUAUUGUGGAGUGACCCUAAAAUCCAAGAUGGCUGCAGUCCCAACACCUUUAGAGGUGGAGGCUGCUACUUUGGCCCUGACGUCACCCAGAGACUACUGCUCCAACACGGACUCCAGCUGCUCAUCCGCUCGCAUGAGUGCAAACAAGAAGGAUACGAGUUCUGUCACAAUGGAAAGGUGAUCACCAUCUUCUCUGCGUCCAAUUAUUACGAGGAGGGAAGCAACCGAGGAGCCUAUGUCAAACUGGGGCGAGAGCUGGUGCCUCGCUUCUACCAGUACCAAGUCAGCCGGUCUACUCGCAAACUUACACUGACACAAAGAGUGCGAGCCGCUGAGGGCUCUGCUCUCAGAGCCUUAAAGGAGAAGCUGUUCGCUCACCGCUCCGAGCUGAUGGUCGGCUUCCAGCAGUACGACCAGAAUAACACAGGUCGUGUGUCGGUCUGCGAGUGGGCUCUGGUUCUGGAGUCUGUACUGAGACUGGACCUGCCGUGGAGGACGCUUCGUCCACACUUAGCCCGUCUGGCACCCGAUGGCAGCCUGGAGUAUCAGUCCUGCUUCGAGGAUAUGGGACCAGGGAUUCCUCUGCCGCAGGUCACUCCAAAUUUGGCUGAAACUCUGUUCAGAUACAGGACAGACAUUGAGAUAAUAUUCAACAUCAUAGACAAAGAUCAUUCAGGUCUAAUUUCCAUUGAGGAGUUUCGUCAAACUUGGCGUCUUUUUAGCGCUCACUUGGGAGUUGCCAUCGACGACAGUGCCAUUGAUGACCUGGCCCGGAGUAUUGACUUUAAUAAGGAUGGCAGUAUAGACUUCACUGAGUUCCUAGAGGCAUUUAGAGUGGUACACAAACUGGACAGCAAAGAUCAGCAACUGCAUGAAAAGAUGGAUGGAGAGAAGAGGACAGGCUGAAUACUAAACUGUGGAAGUACCAGUGUAGGAUACUGUAGGAUAUAACAAAGGACAGCAUAUACAUCUCAGAAUACUUGAAGACAAUACCACUGGAUGUGAUUAGGUCAUGAUUCAUU